UUACACUCCGACAUCUCGUCUUCCGGCUCCUUUUCACCGUAUAAUUUCGCCGGUGGUAACGGUCAUGCUCUGAUCAUGCUUCUCUCUCUUCAACAGACAUUAAUCUGGUUCUCUAUAUAUAUAUGUGUGUGUAUAUAUGCACGCAUUUAUUUAUCCAUACUUUCAUUUGCUCUGUUUCUAUAACCUGCUUGUGCUGGUAAAUUUGGAUUGUUUGAGUUAGUUUAUGGGGAAUUAGGGUUUUGGAGUGGGGAAUUGAAGUAGUGAGUGGGAGAUGUGAAGGUUGUGGAAGGUAGGAAGGAUGGUGACAGCUGUAUCGACGACGACGACGAAUCUCAAUCCUAAGAGGCGGCCAUUGUUUCCGUCCGAGGCUGAGAAUGGACAGCCGAGGAGGAGACCGAAAUCGAAGGAGGUUAGUUCAAGGUAUUUGUCGAGUUCGUCUUCUAAGACGUCUUCUUCAAUCUCCUCGACGUCGAAGCAGCGUGAAGCGCCAAAUGUGACGCGGACGGGGAGAUCAUCGCCGGCGAUUCGUGUUCAGGAUUCGGCUACGGUUAGCCGGUCGCAGUCUGUGGGAAGGCGGAGGCCUGCAGGGACUUCGGAGAUGUCUGCGGCGACGAAACUGCUUCUGACUUCGACGAGAAGUAAGUCGGUUUCGUUUCAGGGAGAGUCGAACUCACUGGUCGGAACUAAAGCAAAGCCGGUGAAAAAGUUUGCUAAUAGGAUAGAUACCUCAGAGAGAAAGAGAUCCGAGAAAGAGACAGAAAAAGUGAACCAAAUGAACAAUGCAAAGCGCAUUGCCCCGGGGAGAACAAAGCCUGCGAAUUCGAGUUUGAACAAAGGAGCAGUCACACAGAUGGAAAGGCCAGUGAAGGAUAAGAUGGAGAGUGCUAGGGCUAUUGACAAACUAAGGUUGCUGGAGAGAUCAAAGUCUGUAAACUCGAGUCUUAUGGCGCGAAGCUUGGAUUGUGGUAAAUAUCCUGGCACAUUUGUAUCUGGAAAUAUAGUUCGUUUGUCACAGAAAUCAGUCACUGGUGAGAUUAACCAAUUUAAUGAUGAGCCUUUAAGAGAAGACGUGCCUAUUGCUAAUCUGAAUUCUAGCUAUGGAUCAGCAGAAGAAGUAGCUUGUGAUAGUGAGAGUGUUUCAUCAGGGAGUGGCUCGAGUGGACAGGAAUGCGGUUCUGUUGUUUCUCAGUUACGAGGCCGACACAGUAUAGUUAGGUCUGUUCGAGUUUUACAACAGGAAAAUGGCAGGACGAGACGAGGAGCAGAGCCUAAUUCACCAGUGUCAAGAAACAAUGGAUACACAACACUGGCUCCUUCAAAACAAAUAGAUAACAAGAAAAGUUUAAAUGAAAACCGAGUAUCAUCCUUCAGGGAUAUCCUAGCUACUAGAGGCUUUUCCCCUUAUAUUCGAGGUCAUUUGAGAUCAGGAUCCCCAAGCAAGACUUCAACUCCAUCAACAAGCUAUCCGCUGAGGGGGAAUUCAAAUCCUGCUAGAGCAACAAUUGGGGCUGUCAUUACAACGCCUAAUAAUGUUGGCAAUACACCUUCAACUUUGAGCUUUGGUACUGAUGUAAGAGGGAAGGCAGGAGAGAACUUGUUUGCUGAUGUGCAUGAAUUCAGGCUUUUAUAUAAUCGGCACUUGCAAUGGCGCUUUGUCAAUGCAAAAACUGAUAGUGCUUACUGCAAACUGACAGAAACAGCAGAGCGGAACCUAUAUAAUGCCCAGUUGGCUACUUCAAAACUGUUGCAUUCUGUUAAGUCCAAACAAACAGAGCUGCUUUUGUUAAAACAAAAUUUGAAGUUGUAUCGCAUCCUCAAAGGACAAGUACCAUGUUUUGAAAACUGGGGUCUGAUUGAUAAAGAGCACUGCAGUUCAUUGUCAGCAGCUAUAUGUGCUCUGGAGGUGAGCACUAUUCGUCUACCAGUCGUAAAUGGUGCCCGGGCAGAUAUUCAAAAGCUAAAGAGUGCUAUUUGCUCAGCUGUUAAUAUGGUGCAGACAAUGGCAUCCUCAAUAUGCUUGUUGCAAUCCAAGGUUGAGCAGAUGAGUUCAUUGUUGAUUGAGCUCUCUAAUACAGUUUCUAGUGAGCACUCCUCACUUGACCAAUGCAGAGAUCUCUUAUCAACAGUCACAGACAUGCAGGUGAAGCAAUGUAGUUUGAUGACACAUCUGUUACAACUAAAAGAUCCACAAUCUUGUUCAACACAACUGUAAAGCGGAUGCUUGAAAUGCUAACAUCACAAGGAACUUCUUAACCAAACACCACCUCCAUGAGCAGUGAACCACAGGUAUCAUUGUUAUUUUAGAAGUCAGUGGCUUCAAGGUGGUGGAAAUUAGCUGUGAAAUCCAUUCUGCUUGUUUAGCUUUGGCAGGGCAUAACUAUGGCUGACAUAUAUAGCAAUCUAAUGUGUGUCUCUCUCAUAUGAGUGAGACAUUCUCCAUUCUUGCUUCUAUAUGUACUAACGUGAUAAAUUCUUCCAAGAAAUGAAAAUUUGAGAAAGAAAAAUAGAGCUUGAUUCAA